AUGGGGAAUUGCUUGGAUUCUCCUUCAAGAGUAGAUAACAGAGAAAGUUCUUUUGAAGGGUCAUCGAGAAUUUCCCAUAAACCGAGUCAACCAUCUCGACUUUCAAACCUCACAAUACCUUCUUACAGCAAUAGAAGUUUCACUAGUUCAUGGCCAAUUCAGACAGCAAGAAGUGAAGGAGAGCUCUUACCUUCUCCAACACUAAAGGCCUUUACGUUCCACGAGCUCAAAACCGCCACUAGGAACUUCAAGCCGAGCAAUCUUAUCGGUGAAGGCGGUUUUGGUUAUGUCUAUAAAGGUUGGAUCGGUGAACGUUCGUUGUCACCUUCAAAACCAGGGUCCGGUAUGGUUGUUGCAGUCAAGAAACUUAAAUCUGAAGGGUUUCAAGGACACAAAGAGUGGUUGACCGAGGUUCAUUAUCUUGGGAGGCUUCAUCAUAUGAAUCUUGUGAAGCUAAUUGGAUAUUGCUUAGAGGGCGAGAAGCGGCUUUUGGUUUACGAGUACAUGCCCAAAGGAAGCCUCGAGAAUCAUCUGUUUCGAAGAGGCGCAGACCCAAUCCCGUGGAAGACGAGGAUGAAAGUGGCGAUUAGCGCAGCGAAAGGACUUGCUUUUCUUCACGAAGCUAAAGUCAUAUACCGAGACUUCAAGGCCUCUAACAUUCUACUUGAUUCGGAUUUCAAUGCAAAGCUAUCUGAUUUCGGAUUAGCAAAAGCAGGACCAACAGGAGAUAAAAGCCAUGUGACAACUCAAGUGAUGGGCACAAGAGGCUACGCAGCUCCUGAAUACAUAGCAACCGGCCGGUUAACCGCGAAAAGCGAUGUCUACAGCUUCGGAGUGGUGCUACUCGAACUACUCUCAGGACGUCCCACGGUAGACAAAUCAAAACUAGGAGUAGAACAGGAUCUGGUGGAUUGGGCAAUACCUUAUAUGGUAGACAGAAGAAAAGUGUUUAGAAUAAUGGAUACAAAGCUUGGAGGACAGUACCCGCACAAAGGGGCUUGCGCAGCAGCCAAUAUAGCGUUGCGGUGUCUAAACACUGAAUCUAAGCUGAGACCGGAAAUGUCUGAUGUCUUGUCUACUUUGCAACAGCUUGAGACUUUGACAAAGACGGGAUCUACUCCAAAGGCAGUCUUGUCUCCUUCAUCUCAUUUAUCGGAGAAUCGCAGGGUUCGGGAGAUCUCUGUGUUGAAUGUGAGAAAGUAG